AUGGACAACAGAGAAACUCAAUUGGAUAUUUUAGAAUGUGAAUUAAUUGAAUUAGAAAAUAGAAAAAAUGAGUCAGAAGAUUAUAAAGAUAUUGUUGAGAGGGUUGAAAGAAAGGUAAAUGUUCUUAAAUUACUUAAUCAAGAAUUAGAUUAUUUAAACUUAGUUUUAAGUAAAUUUGAUAUGAUUGAUAAGUUUAAAUUAAUCAAAUUAAAAGAUUUAACUAUUAAUGAUAUUGUCAAUCUAAUUAAAAAGACUAAUUCAUUAUCAGAAGAAAUUAAAAAAAUUCCAAGUGAAAAAAUUGACAAAGAAAAUGAAAGUGAAAGUGUUGAGGAUUAUCAAUCACUUAUCGAGAUAAGUAAAGAUAUGAAUAUUAAAUAUGGUGUGUUUAUUUCAUCAAUUGAUGCUUAUGAAAAGUCUUGUUUAUCUAUAAUUAAUAAGUUAGCUAAGAAGGGAAUUGGGUUGUUAUUAAGAGAAUUAGAGAAUCAAAAUUUUGAUGUUUUUUAUGAAUUUUAUUCUUCUCUAUCAAAUUUUAAAGAACAUCAAAAAAUGAUCAAAGAAGUCUAUUUUCAAUGGAGAAAACAAUCAUUAAAGUCAAAAAUAACUUUUAUUUUAAGUGACUUAGAAAUGCAUUAUAGAUUAAUAAUUGGAGUUGAAAAGAACAUAUAUAAACAGAUUUUUAAUAUUGAAGAAUUGGGAGAGGAGUUUAAUCAAUUUAUUUCAAAUUUAUUAGAAUAUUUAUUUAAGAAAAUGAAUAAGAAAAAUUUAAAUGAAUUUUUAAUUAAGAAAGUUAAUGACAUUGAUUGUAAUGAGACUUUAAUUUUAAUUAAUUGUUUAAAAUCUUAUUUAAACAUUAAUGAUUUAGAAAAUAAUUUAACUAAUGAUUUAGAAAAUAUAAAUUUAAAAGAAGAUGAUUUAAAAAUUAAUGAAAAUUCUGUAAUUAAAAAACAAUGUUAA